UUCACGUGAGCUGCGGAUUGCUCUUCGUCCUCCCCCCGCGCCGCACUUGUUGCGCAGACACUGGAUGCGCUGCGUCCUUGGAGAGGAGACGCACUGCAACAGGUGCGCGCAGCAUCUCCUCCAAAAGCCCUCCGAGCGCACACGCGCCACGCAGUUUGACAGUUUGUGGGAUGUAAAGUUUUUAUUUUGAUUAAAAAAAAACAAAAAAACUGUCUUUUCUGCCUCGACUCGGGAUCAUAUCAAAGUUUAAAUGCCGAUUUGAAGAGGCGCUUUGGCAGCAGGAUGCCGGUUCUGACGAACCUCGACGUUAUCGGUAAGAUGAUGGAUAAACGGUUGGCGGUUUUCCCGGAGGGUCAGCUCACCGGGUGGGACCCCGCUCCGCUGGAUGACAGCCUCACCAGCCUCCACUGGCUGCAGAAUUUCUCCAUUCUCAGCGCGGACCCGGAGCUGACCGCCGGCGCGGGGCCGGGCUGUCCGUCCAGCCAGCUCAGGCGGUUCGGUUUCCCCAGAGGAGGCACUGACUCUCCGUCCAGUCCGCCGGCGGGAGACAUCGCGGCCACCGGCAUGCCUCUGUACCUCGGCAGCCCCGUAACUUCCGGCAGCGACUCCAUCACGGGGCAGCGGAUCAGCAGCUGCGGGCCACCUGUCUGCGCUCAGGUCCCGAUCCAGGCCAGCCCGCCGGCAGACGUGGACUACAAGACGAACCCUAAAGUCAAACCACCCUAUUCGUACGCGUCGCUCAUCUGCAUGGCCAUGCAGGCCAGCAAGCAGCCCAAAGUCACUCUGUCCACCAUCUACAGCUGGAUCACAGAGAACUUCUGUUACUACAGACACGCAGAGCCCAGCUGGCAGAACUCAAUUCGCCACAAUCUGUCUCUCAACAAGUGUUUCAAGAAGGUCCCCAGACAGAAAGACGAACCAGGCAAAGGAGGCUUCUGGCAAAUUGAUCCUCAGUAUGCUGACAUGUUUGUCAACGGUGUCUUCAAGCGCAGGAGGAUGUCUGCCAACCACUACAACAGCAGCGGUAACGGAGCCCACAGACAGAGCAAAACGCUGCAGGGUUUCCCCUGCGCACAAAGCGCCCGCCCCUACCUCCACGCCACUGUGGCAGGCGGCAAACAAAAGCACCCGGCCAUUAAAAACAGCAGCAAGGGGGCGAGGACGCCCGUGUCGCCUCUGUUAGCAACAGAAGCCUGCAAAGCUGACAUCCUGAAGGGGGACUUUGACCUCGCUUCUGUCUUUGAUGAUGUUCUUAGCGGGAACUGUAGCACCUUCGAGGAUUUGGACAUCAACAUGGCGCUGAGCUCGCUCGGCUGUGAUGUGGAGGUUUCGAUCCAGGGGAGGCAGAACUCAGCAGGGAUGGGACGGUGGUACAUGGGUCAGAACCAGCACCUGAACCCUCAUCCGUGCUACCCCUACGUGGACCUGAACACUUCCCUGGAGUGUCCGGCGAAUAUGGGAGAGCUCCACGCGCCACAUCAGCAGCAUCAGCUGAACCAGGAUCAGCUUCUCCACCCUCAGCACCACCUGCAGCAGUUUGAUGAGACCGCCGCGCUGUUCCCAGAGCAGCCAGAGGAGGCGGUGCUGCAGCCCUGGGAGGAGAUCAAAGAAGAGCCGCGUGUGGUUCCGAUAACUUUGGAUCAGGGGUUUGGCCUGUCUGAGAGCUUCUUCACAGAGGCACAGCCAUGGGAACGGGAGGAUGUCUACCUGUGACCUCUUGACCUUUAACCCCCCACACUCAUGAAACUGGAGCUCUCUGAUUUUUUUGAC